GGACCGAAAUGGCUCCCUACUCCCUCAUUAGUGUUGCGCUAUUUAGGGAGACACUAUGUAGUUCACUAAGUAGUCGUGAAACAGGAGUGAAUUCGGACACUAACUCAUCAUUAUCCUGCGCCAGCGCCGGUCGCAUAAACACACAGGAGCUGAUAAGAGCGCAGGAGUGAGGUGUUUGUUUGAAGAUUGUACAACUGAAACAGAGAUCCUCUUGUGGGCUGGACAUUCUUUAAAAAGGGGGAAACUUCUGAUCCUGCUGUUUCUGACCAGACCUCAUCAUGGCUGUCGGUGGGCUUCCUGUACGGGAAGGGCUGCUGUUAGCCUGUCUCCUCUUUCUCCCUGUCUAUGGAGAACCAUCCGGACCUGUUUUCAUGGUGACGUUUCCUGCGGUGAUUGAGUCUGGCUCUGAGGCUAAACUGUGUGUGAGUCUCCUGAAGCCAAAUGAGACUCUACAACUCACUGUUUACCUGCUUCACACCAACCAGAACAGAACACUUCUACAGGAGAGAGUGGAGGAAGAAUUUCACCGCUGCUCUCAGUUUAAGGCUCCAGAGAUUGAAGGUCAGUCCAUUCAAGAGAUCAGAGUAGAGGUCAAAGGUGAAAGUUUUGUGAUGACAGAGAAGAGGAAAGUUAUGUUUAAAUCUUACAACCCACUGACAUUCAUCCAGACUGAUAAACCAAUCUACAAUCCAGGCCAAACAGUGCAUUUCAGAGUUGUUACUCUGGAUGCUAAUUUAGUCCCACUGCAACAAGAGUACAGCAUGGUGACACUUGAGGAUAAUAAAGGUAACAGGAUCGGGCAGUGGAUGAAUGUUUCCUCAACAAUCCUGAUCCUGCAGCUUUCUCACCAGCUAAACUCUGAGGCUUCUGAGGGUGUUUACAAACUGGAGGCUAAAACUGGGGAUAGGUCGACCUUUCAUGACUUUAUUGUGAGAAAGUAUGUUUUGCCCAGGUUUGAGGUUACAUUAAAAGCUCCCAAAGAACAGAGUGUUGCUGAGGAGGAACUGAAGAUAGAAGUUUGUGGAAAGUACACAUAUGGAAAGCCGGUACCCGGCGAGGCACUGUUAGAAGUGUGCCAGCCUUAUUAUACCGGUGCACAAUUGAUUAUGCCAUGCCUGAGUGAAAAUAUAAAGAUGGAUGAGGGUGGCUGUGCAUCCCAUGUGUUCAACUUGUCUCUCUUCAGCAAUUCUGUAUUGGAACACAAUUUUAGAAAUUCUCUUUACAUUAAUGUUGUAAUGACGGAGGAAGGGACGAGUAUUUCCAUGUCCAAAUCUGAGCGUACAAGUUUUACUUAUGAAAUUGGCAAAGCUGAAUUUCUUGAUUUACCCAAAAACUUUGAACGAGACACAGUUAUUGAAGGGAAAAUCAAAGUUGUAACCUAUGGUGGAAAACCAAUUCCAAACAAGGAAGUUUAUCUAUUGAAAGGAUGGUCCCCAACACUACUUCUUAACCUUACUACAGAUGAUAAUGGAUUGGCCAAAUUUGCUGUUGAUGCACCUGCUGAGCCUGAAACUGAGAUUUCAUUGUUGGCCAGCGUUUAUCCAGGCAACCAAUACCAUGGAUACAGAGAACCUUUCUUUGAACACAGUUAUGCACACAUUCGAUUCCUCCAACCGGCUACACCUUACAGUCCAGUGUACAGUAAAAUAUCAAUAGAGAGCUUAGAAGAACCAAUCAAGUGUGACUCUGAGGUGUCUGUAAAUUUUAAGUACUACAUUAUCGGUGAAAGCACUAAGAAUUACAGCACUGAUCUCAUUUACACGGUCAUUUCCAGAGGAGUCAUUGUCCAUCAUGGCUAUGAAAAGGUUGAAGUGAAAGAGUCCAGAGAACUCACAGAGGGAAGAGUAUCCUUUAAACUGUCUGUGGUUCCUGAGAUGGCUCCUGUAGUGCAGGUUCUGGUGUAUGGAGUACUGCCCAGUGAGAACGUCAUCGCUGCUAGCAGGGGGUUUAUAGUGGACAAAUGUUUCACAAACAAAGUAUCGCUGCAGUUCUCUCCUACUGAAGCAGUUCCUGGUGAGGAAAACUAUCUCCAGCUCUCAGCUCUGCCUGGUUCACUGUGUGCUCUCAGUGCUGUGGAUCAGAGUGUGUUCAUCUUGGAGCCAGGAAAACGACUGAAUGCUGACACGGUCUUCAGAUUGUUGCCAUUCCUUUAUUCAUACGAGGUUGAAGAUCAGCCGGAAUGUCUGCAUGUUAGACCUCGACGAGCUUCAACAAGCGACUCUGCUUACGAUAGCAUAAAGUUUGUGGGACUUAAGUUGGUGACUAAUCUGGUUGUUAGACAACCUGAGUGUUUGAUCUACAAAGGCAUACAGUAUUUUCGCAGCCAUGAUUAUGGUGGUGGCCUUGCUUAUGGACAGGCAGGUGGUUAUAGUGAACCUGUUCAAACCGUUCGCAGUUUUUUCCCAGAAACCUGGAUUUGGCAACUUGUUGAAGUGGGUGAUUCUGGAUCAGCUCAGGUUCCUGUCACUGUUCCUGACACCAUCACCACUUGGGAGAUGGACACUUUCUGUCUGUCCUCUAGAGGUGUGGGAGUGGCUCCUGCUGCUCAGCUUCGUGUCUUCCAGCCCUUCUUCCUGGAGCUCUCUCUGCCCUACUCCAUCAUCCGGGGAGAAGAGUUUGAGCUGAAGGCCACUGUCUUCAACUAUCUCUCCAAGUGCAUUAUGGUUAAAGUGACUCCAGCUCCUUCCUCAGACUACACUCUAAAAGCCUCCUCCUCUGAUGAGCAGUAUUCAUCCUGUCUGUGUGCAAAUGGUAGAAAGACCUUCAGAUGGACUCUCGUUCCCUCUGUGCUCGGGGUCUUGAACGUGACGGUCAGUGCUGCAGCAGAACCGUCACAGGCUUUGUGUGACAAUGAGAUUGUGAGUGUUCCUGAAAGAGGACGCAUUGACACAGUCACACGAAGCCUGCUGGUGAAGGCUGAAGGAACUGAAAAGACCAAGAGCCAGAGUUGGUUGCUGUGUCCACAAGGAAACAGUGUUUCAGAGGAGCUGGAGCUGACUCUUCCUGAAGAUGUGAUAGGAGGUUCAGCACGAGCUUCUGUUUCAGUGCUUGGAGACAUUCUGGGCCGUGCACUAAAGAAUAUUGAUGGGUUGUUGAAGAUGCCGUAUGGCUGUGGAGAACAAAACAUUGCUCUCCUCUCUCCCAAUAUCUACAUUCUUCAGUACCUGGAGAACACUCAACAGCUCACCCCAGCCAUCCGAGAGAAAGCUACUGGCUUCCUUAAGAGUGGAUAUCAGAGACAGUUAAACUACAAGCAUGUCAAUGGUGCGUACAGCACAUUUGGAAGAGGAGAAGAAAAUACAUGGUUAACCGCCUUUGUCUUGAGGACUUUUGGAAAAGCACAGCGCUACAUAUUUAUUGAUCCAAAGAACAUUGACCAAACAAAGCAAUGGCUGAUCAGUAAACAAGGACCAGACGGCUGUUUUAUUAGACAAGGAAGACUAUUCAACAACAGAAUGAAGGGUGGUGUAAAUGAUAAUGUGACCAUCACUGCUUACAUCACUGCAUCACUUCUUGAAUUGGGCCAUAAAGCAGAGGAUCCUUUGGUGAUUAAAGGGUUAUCAUGUUUAAAAUCAUCUCUUGGUACGAUAAACACCUACGCUACCGCUCUGCUGGCCUACACUUUCAGUCUGGCUGGAGAAAAUGAAAUCCGAGGGCAGCUGCUUAAGAAACUGGAUGGUGAUGCCAUUUCAGGAGAUGGUCGUCUUCACUGGUCUCAGUCUGCAUCUGAAGACUCUGACUCCUUGUCAGUGGAGAUCAGCUCCUACGUGUUGUUAGCUGUUCUCUCUACAGAUAAACUCUCUAAUGCUGAUUUGGGCUAUGCUAACAGGAUUGUCAGCUGGCUGGUGAGGCAGCAGAAUCCCUAUGGAGGCUUCUCCUCCACACAGGACACAGUGGUGGCCCUCCAGGCUCUGGCUCUGUACUCCACCAAAGUGUACAGCUCAGACGGCUCCAGCACUGUAACUGUGCAGUCAGCAGAUAAAGAGACUCACAGCUUUGAAGUGAAUCAGAACAACAAGUUACUGUACCAGGAGAAAUCCCUACAAAAUGUUCCUGGAAAAUACAGUGUUUUAGUGAAUGGCACUACCUGUGCCUCAGUUCAGAUAGCUCUUUUCUACAAUGUACCCACACUUACUGUACCCACUACACUGAGUGUGAAGAAUGAAGUCGGCGGAAAUUGCACAAAGUCAUUUGGAUACACGCUGUCUCUCAACUUAACAAUCAAAUAUGAUGGAGUAUUAAACUACACUAACAUGGCCAUAGUAGAUAUAAAACUCCUGUCAGGAUUUACAGCAGAUCCCACUUUUCUAACAUACUUCCCACUGGUGGAGCGAGUCGAUUCCAAAAAUGACCAUGUGCUCAUGUAUCUGAAAGAGCUUCCACGGAAUAGUCCUGUGACCUAUCAUCUACAUAUUAAACAAGAGCUGCCAGGGAAGAACCUCAAACCAGCUGUGAUCAAAGUUUAUGAUUACUACCAACCAAGUGACCAGUCUGAAACCGAGUAUUCCUCCCCCUGUGUGUAAACCUUCACACCUGCAGCUGCACAGUGAAAAGACAGAAGGAACUUGGAUGUGUAUUUUGCUUAUCUUAUCCUGACUUAAGACUUGUUUGUAUGACCUGUUAUAAAUUACAAUAUAAAAUUAAA